AUGGUAAAUAACAACGCGGACGCAGGCGAGUAUGACAGCACAAACAGGCUCUCCCUCCAGUUGGGAGAAAGUCCCGAAGAUGGAAACAUUUCCGAAGGCGAUACAGUUCCAAACACGCCUACAAAACCAAAUUUGCCAAUGUCAGAUGUGGACAGCAGUACUGAAGAGAGCUCUCAGGACAUUCGACCAGAGCCACCCGGGCCAUAUGAGAAUGCUAAUGGGAAGAACGCACCAUCGGUAGCCGCGUUGCUACCACCCAGUGCCGACAAUCUUCAUUUGCCCAACGCUGAGACGGAGACAGCAUCUUCACCUGUGUGUAUCCGGCCAUUGCCUCUAACAACGACAAAGCUGACGACCGACCCUUACAAAGACGGUAUGCCGAAUUGUCUAAGACAAUCUGGCUUUGGCGAGAUUAGUGGCCAAGGUUUUUGUACUCGAGGACCACUUGCUUCAAAGAUUGCUAAACCCUGCGGGGAGUCUUGUCGGGAGGGGAGAGAAGAAAACUUGCAAUCCAGCAUGGGCCCAUUGGCUGGACCAAAAAGCUCAAGUGCAGCCUCCCGGAUCUCUUCACUCUCACAUUGGAUCCUCGGUCUUUCUCCCGACAACGUCGUGCCUAGUGAUGAGUGCUCCCUUUCAAAGACGUUCAUUUCGGGAACCUCCUCCGAUGCUGUCCUAAAUAUCCCAGUACAGGUUCGGUUCAGCCGUACAGAGCUUCCUGAGAGAAUCCGCUAUGCCUUACAGCGACUGGGCGAAACGGAAUGCAAAGUGACUGUCGAUCGAGAGACGAAGAGGCCUGCCGAAUGGAGCACUGUGUCGGGACCGAUUAAGCGACAAUGUAAGAGAAAUUAG